GCGGUCAGAGCGGGUUAACCCAAUUAGGAACCUCAGAAAUACAUGUGUAAGACUGCCAUGGAAGCGAUUAUCCAUGCUUUACAUGGACGGCGGCUGCUGCUGCUGCGAGACUAUCUACAUCUGUUACAGUACGUGUUGACCGAUUUUCCGUUUCAGAUAAGGUUAGGACAAAGAAUGCAAUCAUCCAAGAAACCGUCAUCUCGCAAUGGAUUUUGGGGGAGGGAGGAAGGAGAGAAGAAAUUCAAUGGCCUCCGGGCUUAUCCAUCCCUCCCCACCCUCUCGUGUCCGGGCCCAGAACGCCGAUCAGGAACCUGUCUGCCAGGCGAGCGAUUUUUUUGGUGACCCGCAUGACGCAACGCAAUGUGGCUGGGAUGCUGUCGUCUGUCUAGUCAACGCAACGCAACCCGCCGUCGGCAUUCAUAGAACAAAAAAAAAUCUCUCAAUGACUGACUCAAACUUUAGGAGGCGGUUAAUCCCCUCCUGUCUGGUCUUUUGUCAGGGGACAAUUUUUUUCGUGUUGGAUGGAUGGACUAGAAUUUGGGUUGCAUGGGUCAUGAGGGAUAAUUCGACAUGCCACCAGAUCGAAUCAUCUGGCGGAACUGGAUGGGAGAUCUCGAUCCGAGGUCCAUGGUACCAAGAGUUCUUCAGUAGUCAAAACAACGGAGGCGAACGGGAAUCAACUACUGCAGUGGCACAGUGGGUGCCAGGCAGUGUGAGAAGACGAGACGAGACGAAGACCACGUCAACCAUGUCUGCAUGCCUGCUGUUUUCGCCCGGCCUUGAGUUUCUGCAAGAUGCAACGGCGGGUCGGGGAUUGAGGGAAGAACUCGAGGACUCGAUCAUGAUUGGAAUUUUGGGAUGCUCAUAUUUGUAGUUAUGGAGAGGCGAGAGGCAGGGUAAUCGUACUGUGUCGAGGGAGGCAGAUAAGCUUGGAGUACUUGAUUUUGGGUGGAAGAAAAGAGAAG